AUGUCGCUCAUCAGGACGAAUGUCCUCAGAAACGGACAAUGGGUCUUUGAGAUGGUUGAUUCCCGUGAUGCCCUCGACACAUCAGCUGAGCCUGGCCAACCAGAGUCCAUGAAAACUUCAACACAACCUCGAUGCGGUCUCCUGUCCACGACGGUAUUCGACAGCCCCAAUGUCAACAAGAUUCUCCCAGUGCGCCUGAGAUCAAACAAGCACAAUGAUAUUGCGUUCAUUAGCGAUCACCAAAUUAUCGUUUGUGAGCUUCAAGAUGCAAACUUCACUCGAGAGAUCUGCAGAUACAGCAACCCGUAUACUCGGAUCAGGAAUGCGGCAGUACUAGGUGCCUACGAUGAGAGAGCAGACGAGGAACGUGCCGCGGUUUCGAGCAGCCUUGAAGAGAUUCUGGGCCGCGAUGCCGCCAGCCAAUGUCUGCCACCACAAAUGCUUGUGCUUACGCUUGCCACCGGUCAAGUUUGUCUGGCGACGAUAGAACACGGCCGUGAGGAGCUCUCAGUGUGCGAGGUCGAACUUCCGCUCGACCACACGGGCGAUCCUUACUUUGGCCACUACCUAUCGGUCGACCCCCGCUCAGAGUACAUCGCCUUAUCAUCCUUCCAGGGACCCCUUAUUGUUCUCAAAGUUAAGUCGUGGUCAGUGAUGAGCGACGAGUACUCCAAAACCGGCCAUCUCUCCCAUGCUGUGGAUGGCGUGGUCAUGCAGCCACUCCACACUGUAUUGGAUUUGCAGUUCCUCCACCCUCCGAAGCCACACAGCACACAGACGAUUCUACUCGCUAUCGUGAGCCAUCGAGGACGAGAUGUGAAACACCGACCAAAGUUCAUGACCUGGGAUUGGGAUGGCGCGACCGAAUAUGCUCGGGUGUUCAGCGACCCACAGAGCCUAAUCCCACGAGCGCAGAUGCUCAGGGGGCCGCAAGGUCAAAUACCUCUCAUGGUGAUACCACUGUUAUGGGGCCAUGUCUUCUGCGCCUUGUAUCAGGACUACCUCGUCCUAGUGCAAGGGCCGUCGCCCAGCGCCACCAUGGAGCUUCUCGACUUCCCACCACAUGCGCCGUCUGAUCGCCAUCACGGAAAGAGCCGCCCUUUGUGGACUGACUGGUCUCGGCCAUUCCGCAGGAAAGAAUACCUGGAAAACUCUUCGAUAGAUGUCCUCCACCUUCUGAGAGAGGACGGUCUUUUGUUGCAGAUGGAGGUUGACAUUGGGGAGUCGCCCAUGUUGCCCGUCUUUCACAUUGAAGAAUUCCUCGACGUGAGCGCGCGUUGCCUGUGCUCUGAUGUAGUGUAUGGGAAUUCCGACCUCUUGUUCAUCGGAGGAGAGUCAGGUCAGGGCGGGAUAUGGGAGAUCAAGCCGCGGGGAGCUCCCGAGCUGAAGUCACGUCUUCCUAGCUGGACGCCCAUCGUUGACGUGACCAGCACGACUUUGGUGACGAAAUGGGAUGCACCUAAUACUUCGACACCCCACUCAUCCCAGAAGCAGAUCAAAGACAGAUUGUUCUUUGCAUCCGGGCGAGGCAAAGAUGGUGCGAUUGUCGAGUCUCGUUACGGACUCAGAGCGAGGAUCGGUAUUGAGGUCGACAUUGGGGAACCGAUCCGGCAAGCCUGGAUAUUUGCUGACAAUGGCCGCAAAGAUGACAACGGUGUCUGGGUGCUUGCGGCUCUCCCCGACUCGACGAAGCUGCUAUAUAUUCCCGAUCAGUACGACGAGAUUCUGGACGAGACCGCCAGCGGCGCUUCCUUUGGCUGUUCCUCGCGCACACUGUGCGCUGGUCAGCUACCGUCUGGGAUGAUUGUCCAAGUCUCUGAAGGCUGUGUGACACUUGUCACUGGCUCUCAGAGUUCCAAACAUGCUUUCAAGGACAUUCUCAAAGCCCCACAAGUGGUGGCUGAGAAUGGAUGCUUUAUGAACGAUCUUGUGGCCGUGUCAGCACAAGAUGAAGACGGGACAGCUUUGCACGUUCUGCAAAUUGACCAAAUGCACGUUGGUCACAAGUCUUCGUUGUGCGUUGGAGGUGAUGUGAGCUGCAUUGCGCUACUCUCUAUCGGCGAGCAGGCUUGUGUGGUUGUAGCAACGUCUCCACAGAGCGGCCCAACGCUGUCAAUAUACACUCUCCAGGGGGAGCUUGUAAAGGAGCACACAAUCGACAAUGGACCUGGAAGUCUGGAGUCCUUGACGAGCAUCGAAGUACUAAGCAAUGCCACAGGGGAGGAUGCUCGCUUGGUUGCAGGUACUCGUUGUGGAAAUUUGUUGACACUGACAUUGUCAGUUGACCCGACUUUGCGCUUGAGUUGUGUUGCAGAAAGGGUGGGCUUGAGCUCAGUGCAAGUCUUCCCGCCUUCUGAUAUCCAGGGGGGACGGGGGAUCUCCUUCAUAGCCUGCGAGGACAGGCUGGUGCGACUCAGCAUAACCUCCGUGCAGGAUGAUAUCGGUCAUUGCAAAGACAUUGUGUGGCCGACGAAUGCGGGAGACCUUUCUCUGGCUGCUCCGCCGGUGCACUCUGUCUCUGUCGCUUUUCCCCCGACGACGCCUGCGUCGCCGUUGUUUCUUCUCGCUGGGGGCACGAAGCUAUAUCUAGCGGACAUGGAGUCUCAUGCGGCGCCUGUGCCGCGUGUCCUCCCGCUUUCUCAUACGCCAACUCGGAUUAUAUACUCGCAUAGUUGGAAUUGUCUCGUCGUUGCUUUGCAGACAAGCGAAGGAAUCGAUUUGGCGUUUGUCGAUCCCGACACGGGGCUUACCAUAUCAAAGCCUAUUGGGCUUGACAAGGAAGAAGGGACCCUCUCCUCAUUUGACCAGCCAGGAGACAAGAUCCUCGCACUGACCGAAUGGGUGUAUGAGAAAGACGGGCAAACAUUCUCAUACAUUGCAGUGGGCACGGCAUAUGCGCGCGUCGCCAUUGUGCAUGUGAGCCCUAUCCGUAUUAAGGACGCAUCUUGGGACUCGCCAAGGACACUGGAGCAUGCCGUGCGUCACAGACUGAAAGGCCUCGAUGGUCCGGUGACUUCCAUCGUGCCUGAUGACCAAGGUUUCAUCUAUUGCGCUGGGCUGAUACUCUGUCGCGUGGUGCUCGACCCCCAAACGAAGAAACUCCGAUCUGUCAAGACAUUUCAGUUGCAGUCUCCAGCUGUCAGCAUGGCCAUAACCGACAACAAGCUCAUGGCUUUGACGCAAUCCCAUUCGUUACAUGAGAUCGAUUAUCAGAGUCGUCCAGAGAGGCAGGACAUGGAACUCUUGCGCGGCGAAGAGAUGCUCCGGCCAGGAGCCCAUAUGAUUCAGGUGGGAGCAUCAAGAGAGAGUGAAUCAUGGCCCAUCACUCUUGUCUCGGACCUCAACGGAUGUGUCUAUGGCCUAUGGACGUCACAAGGGUCGGGGAGAAAAGACAUUGUCACCUUGUUCGAAGGUACUAUGCAUAACUCAAUACGCCGCUUCGUGCGAGCUGAUUGUCGGCCAAUAUGGCAGAGAACGUCAGGCCAGUCCCAGGGCGAGACGUACGGUGUCCUACGCACGAGUGUUGACGGCUACUCUGACAUCUUUGGGGUGUCCGUCGACGGGUGCCUUCAUCACUUUCGAUUGCUAAGUAUCGAACUGUGCCGAUACCUACAGUUGGUGCAGCAAUUGUGUCGAGGAAGCGGACCAGCUCAGGGAAACAGGAGCGCGCAGAAGCAUCAUUCUACGGGUGGUGGCUCGCCUGCGUUACAUGUCAACGGCUUCCUGCUGAAGGAUUGUCUGAGGUCAAGGCGAUUGGAAGAAGUCACGAAAGACAGCUUCUUGCCAUUCUGUUGCUGCCUAGAUGACAUUGAGGGAGGGAAGUAUACCCAGAGCUUCAGUUCUGUUGCAGAAGACACUCGCGCGGAGGAAUACUACAAGCUAGGAUACAAGGUCCUGGCAUUCGUUCUGACUCCAGCCGUGUGA